UGCCGUUUAUUAUCUAUGUUUUUAAAUUAUUUAUUUAAUCUGUCGACUUUAUUUAGAUCGAUCAUCGAUGGUGUGUUCUGCAGACAAGUCGUUUUUCAUUAAAAAGUGAUAGGAUCAACCCAAUUUAAAAAUUGUUACAAAAUAUCAAGAGUGCUACAUUCUUAACCGAACGUAAUAUAAAAACAACACCAUGGGCAACGAAAAUUCAAUUCCUAUGGAGCUCUGUUCUAACUCACGUGUUAACUGCAUUGAUUUUAAGGUGGAGAACUUCGACGCGGACGAGAUCCGGCGGCUGGGCAAGCGCUUCCGGAAGCUCGACCUCGACAACUCGGGCGCGCUGUCCAUCGACGAGUUCAUGUCGCUCCCGGAGCUGCAGCAGAACCCGCUCGUGCAGCGCGUCAUAGACAUCUUCGACGCCGACGGCAAUGGCGAGGUGGACUUCAAGGAGUUCAUUCAGGGAGUGUCGCAGUUCAGUGUGAAGGGUGACAAGCUGUCGAAGCUGCGAUUCGCGUUCCGAAUCUACGACAUGGACAACGAUGGCUUCAUCUCUAACGGCGAACUCUUUCAGGUUCUUAAAAUGAUGGUAGGCAACAACCUGAAGGACACUCAGCUCCAGCAAAUCGUGGACAAAACGAUCCUCUUCGCCGACAAAGACGAGGACGGCAAGAUCUCCUUCGAGGAGUUCUGCAACGUGGUGGGCAACACGGACAUACACAAGAAAAUGGUCGUCGACGUGUAGGCGACCCUCGCCGUCUCCACUGUUUCUCGAGAAGUUUCUUGCCACGAUAUUGUACUUCCAUUGAAAUUUCAGGGUCGUCGUCUAUCGCUCGUAUCCCAUCGGUCGUUGCGUGUCGUACGAGACACGUCGUGUUCUCGAGAUCCCCUGGAGGGAGACGCCACUCUUUCUCAUUCGUCGUCGGCUCCUCUUCGCUCUAGCUAGAACACUAUUCAAAUUGUGCGUCUGUUGCCCCUAAGUCGAUGUACUGUAAGUGAACUUGUGUUUGUGAACGCGGUUGUCGUCGCUGUGCGUAAUAAAUCGAGUGACUUCGAUUCGAUUUUCUCUCGUCUCGUCGGAAUAGUUUUCUUGUUUGCGAAAAUGUAUUUUAUUCAAGUCAUACUUGUUUUCCAAAUAACUUAUUUAUUAAACCGAGUCGUCCGUCUCGUGUGAUAUUGUACAGUUACCGGAGCGACUAGGGGCGACCGAGGCGCCUCAAAUCUAUCAUAAUAUAUCAUCAUACAUUACUAAUUAAAUAUAAGACAUACAUAUAUUUACUUUAUAUUAUAGAUAUACAUCGUUAGAGAAACUUUUAUUGUAGUCAAAUAAAUGGAUUUUUUUUUAUUAUUUUGUUGCAGUAAUAUUAAUUCGUAUUGUUAUUUAGUAUUUUAUGUUACGUUAGGUAUCGGUUUCAAUGCAGUCGGUGUGUGUAGGCUCUAGCCUAGCCUCGGCCGGGAGGGUGCUGUUCCGCAACUUGGAAUGCCCGAUAUUUCGUUAACGCACACCAGUCGCUCCUGUCCCAUCAAAUGCUCUUUCAAUUGCGAGGUUAGUGCUCAUCUUUAUGCGCAGAACUUUUUACUUAAUACAUUUAAGAUUAGUAAAAUAUAUUUAAAUAAACUAUACGUCGACCUUCGAAAAAUGUCGAUAUUUAUAACAAAAUUAAGUUAAAUGUAAAACACAUAACAUCUCUGCUUAUUAAAAACAAUAUUACGAUAGGUACAAUUAAAUUAUCUUUUAACUUUGUCCGAAUUUAAUAAAAAUAAAUUAAGAGUAAACUGUAAUAUUAGCUGUUAUUUAUACUGUGUUGAGAAACUCGAGCGUCUCCAGGCGCUAUUAUAUCAAUACAUUAUAUAUAUUGGGCGACAGCUCCGCGAGCGGGGCGUCCACUACGAAACUUGCCUCCCGCCGACACCUGCGGAAUGAGGAAAUAACUAAACAAUCCUUUGUGUGUAUGCAACGCAAAGGACCAAAGCGUACGGUUUACGUAGUGGCCGAGUCGGUCCCUCCGUCUGUUUCCGUAUCCGUCCUAACCCCCCCUCCCUCCUCAGCUCCCGUCAGCCCCCAGUGCCAUACCUCGUGUUACCGAUAUGAUAUGAUUACUGUAUACAAAUAUAUUAUUUAUCACAUAUCACCAUGGAAACUAGCCCAGUAUGAAACUCACAUGAGUAAUAAGAUAACACUAACGAUGAAGUGUCGGUUAGGGAGUUCUAACAAGCAUUGUGUAUUUUUUGUUAUAUUAACAUUUAAAAAGUUUGUGUGUAUAAAUAGCUCGACUCUAGAGGAAUAAUUGUUUGUUGUAUACAAAUUAAUAUAAUAUCAUAAUUUCCUUAAAUUGUAUAUUAUCUUUAUUCCCGCGCGGGUCGUGUUUACUGAUCGGUAAAACUCAUAGCAGGAAUUUAUCUCCUAAUAAAUAUACUAUAUUCAAUUUUCGUAUCAUAAACGAUAGGUCAUAAAUACAAUUUUAAAAUAUUUUCUUCUACCGAUCAUGGGAAUGUUAAUGGAUAUAAUUAAAUUAUGGAUUGUCUCCGCUAGUUGUGUGUUAUAUUAUAGAAUACUUAAGGGAGGUUGCAUCCAAUGAGCCAAUGGUAUUGUAUGAAUGUGUUUAUCCCUCUCCUCUAAGAAAUUUUGGAAAUUCACUGUAAUAGCAAAACUCAUGCAUAUUCGUCUCUCGUUGGAUGCGAUCUAAUCAGAGCUGUGGUCGGCGGCACCUCACGAUAUAAUGUAGCGAGCGCACGUGAAUCUUAAACAUCUAGUCACAUUUGUUGUGAAUUAUAUAAUAUAUGUAAUAUUAACGCGUAUGUACCUACUUAGUCUGCUCCGAAACGAAUUGCGUUCAAUUAUUACGGCAUGUUCAGAAAUAUAAUUUCUAAAUCAGCCGAGAAGUACAAACAUUUUGAUCUGAUAUUUUGACCACUUUUGUCUUUAAUCGGUAGACCAUGAGGCUGGAUUAUUUUAACUUUUUAGGAACGUUUCAAUUAUGUUUGCAAUUCAAAAAUAUAGAAUAAAAAUUAUAGCUAUAAUGUUAAAGCCUUAUCUCGGGAAACGGCGACAUUACGCACUCGACACGAGUAGUUUUUAUGUUUCUAUUGCUUUGUGACCAUUAUUAUAAUUGUCGCUUUAAAAAGAAACCAACGACACAAUGGCUGUCAGCGAGUUAUGUAAUAAAACAUAAUUACUAUAAUAAGUUGUAAAGGUGAGCCGUGGUUACAUUGAAGUUUAUGUGAAAAAUAUGUAAUGGGAAAAUAAUGUGUCGCUACAGUUUUGAAAGCAAUAUAAAGUAUUUUUAUUUUUUAAAUUAUGCCAUCGUGUAUUUCGGUUAGUGGUUGUUAACAGAAAUGAAGUCAUUUUCUAGUGUGUUGGAAACGUUUCCUCGAUGUCGUCGUUCCCGGUACUGCACUCUGUGCACUACACUGCGUCCUUAGGAUAUGAACAUGUUAUACUGUAGUUGAUGUUGUGUCGUCUGCUCAUCUCCAUCAGUAGGUAGCGUGUCCUAAUAAGUCUGUUCUCGAUUGGAACUGAUUAUAAGUUUUAAUAAAUUUUCAAAUUUC